AUGGACGCUACAUAUACGAUGGCACCAACGGUGCAAGGACAACCAUCUUUUGCAUACUACCCUACUGCUGAUUCACAAAGACAACAAUACACAAGCCACCCCUCUGAACCCCAGCCAUAUUAUGGACAGAUGCAGGCCUACCCUCAGCAACACUGCCUACCGGAGCAACAACCGGUCUACAAUGCUCAACCCAUGAUGAACAUGCAUCAGAUGGCCACUACCAAUGCCUUCCGAGGAGCAAUGAACAUGACUCCCAUCGCCUCCCCUCAACCCUCUCACCUGAAGCCCACAAUCGUCGUCCAGCAAGGCUCCCCAGCCCUCAUGCCUUUGGACACGAGGUUCGUCGGCGACUACUAUAACUUCCCUUCCACCCCUCCACUCUCCACCGCUGGAAGUUCCAUCAGCAGCCCACCAUCCAGCAGUGGCACACUGCACACCCCAAUCCACGACUGUUUCUUCUCGUUCGAAAAGGUGGAGGGUGUGAAAGAGGGCUGCGAAAGUGAGGUCCAUGCCGAGCUUCUGGCCAGUGCCGACUGGGCUCGGUCAGCAACUUCGCCUCCCAUGACUCCUGUCUUCAUUAACGCCAAUUCUCUCACUGCCAGUCAUGGCUCAGACUUUCUCUCUGCAAACGGCUCUUGCCCCUCUCUUUCUCCUUCGCCUUCUCCUGUGUCUUCUUUGUUUGCUCCGUCUCAGUCGGCUUUCCCUGUUGAGCAGGCCACUUCCGACUUCUGUGAUCCUCGGCAGUUGACUGUCGAGUCUUCCGCCGUCAGCACAUCCUCCCCGUCUGAGCUGCCUCCUUUGCCCACUCUUUCCUGCGAAGAGGAGGAACCCAAGGUGGUCCUGGGAAGCGAGGCCGUGACUUUGCCAGUUCAUGAGAACCCAUCCCCCGCUUACACUAGCUCUACUGAGGAUCCCCUCACUUCAUUGCCCACCUUUGACAGCUUUUCAGACCUUGACUCGGAGGAUGAGUUUGUCAACCGCCUGGUUGACUUCCAUCCCAGCGGCAACGCCUAUUACAUGGGUGAAAAGAGACAGCGUCUCAGCACGUACUCUUUUGAGGAUGAGGAGUUCCUGAGUGAACACAGCUUGGAAGACUCUUCGGACGAUCUGGAUUUGACCCAAUCUGGCCUUUCUUUCCUGGGAUGUGCCGACUUCGGCCCGGUCCAGAGUGAUGCCAGCGAGACCUCGGACGAGAUGAAGACGAAGAAGCGAAGCAACUCGCGUAAGUCUCUCAAGAGAGCACACUCUGAGGACCAGGAUGCUCUCAAGAAAGCACAGGCACCGGUCAACAGCCGGGCCACCAGCACAGAGGCCAAUGCGGCUCAGCAGGCCGCUGCCCCGUCCCGCUCAGUCUCGGAAGCCAAUGUAUCUAGCUCUUCCGAGGCCCCACCUGUUCCCGUGUCGGUGAACCGCCGGGGUCGUAAGCAAUCUCUGACGGAUGACCCUUCCAAGACCUUCGUCUGCUCUCUCUGCUCUCGUCGUUUCCGUCGUCAAGAGCACCUUAAGCGCCACUACCGUUCUCUGCACACCCAGGACAAGCCCUUCGAGUGCAAUGAGUGUGGUAAGAAGUUUUCUCGGAGUGACAACCUUGCGCAGCACGCCAGGACCCAUGCCGGUGGUUCUAUCGUAAUGGGCGUCCUGGACACAAACGGCGCCUCUCAACAGUAUGAGGAACGUGACGCGAGUGCCAUGGGGGCUGUGCUCUAUGAAGCUGCCAACGCUGCGGCGACUAAGUCGACGACUAGCGAAUCAUCCGAAGAUGGUCUGUCUGACGCACCCUCUAUCGAUCGUCGAUCUGCCAAGAAGCGCAAGCGUGACGAACACGCUUAG